AUGCCCGCUUACUUCUACCACCUUAGCUUGCAACUCCUCUCACACGGCCUAUCCGACGCGCCGAGCUUGCAGGGAUCCUCCUCUCCUGCGCUACAAUCUGCAUGGGAAGCUCUCCAACCAUUCCAACGGAGCCAGCAUUCAACCUCCAACCGCCUAUCACCCGCAGGAGAUAGUCAAACCCCACCAACUCCAGACCACACUUUGGCGCAUCGCCAGAAAUUCAUAUCCACUCUCUCCACCCACACCACAUCAACCCCACUUCGAAGCACUCCCUCCGCCAGCACUUCGCACGACAGUAACACCUCCACUAGCUCCUCAAUCACCCCCACCUCACUCGAAGACGACAAGCGCUUCGGCGCUGUCUCCAUCGAGUGCAUUGACAUGGUCACUCCAAAGCACCCGUCCAAACGCACCUCGAAGCGCGGCUCCGCACCCACCACAGAACCAGAGAACCUCGUCGCCGCAGGCAUUGGCACUGAUAUUCUAGGUGGCCUUCGUACAAAAGGCCGAUACAUUCCACUUGAUUACGAGCUUGCCGACAGCGUCUGGGGAAUUGUACACUUAUACCGCGACUCUCAAGAGACGCCCUACCUCGGAAACGAUGACGAGUACCCCGCCUAUUUGAAGGGCUCUUCAGCUGCGGCCCGCCACCCCGGUGAGCAGCAAGCUACGUUAAGACAAGGUCUGACCAGCGCGGCGGGUGUUAAACAACCUGGGACGGCGGGCCUUGCUGAAUACCCUUUCCCUGAGACGACUUCUUCCUCUUCGCAAGGUCCCGAUGAGGAUUGUACGACACUAUGUAUUCUCGCCGUGCCGUCUUAUCUGUCUCCGCCGGACUUUUUGGGGUUUAUGGGACAGAAGACUAUGGAUGAUGUUAGUCAUUUUCGCAUGAUUAGGACUGCGCGUGCGAAUCGGUAUAUGGUUUUGAUGAAAUUCCGGAACGGGCGUAAGGCGAAGGAAUGGCAGAAGGAAUGGAAUGGGCAUGUGUUUAACAGCAUUGAGCCCGAGACCUGUCAUGUGGUGUUUGUGAAGACGGUCGAAAUCCAAGUCGUGGAUUCCGGAACACCAUCUGCCGAGUAUGGCGCUCUCUCCUCUAACCUCUCAACCCCUUCUCGGGCCCCGGUAUCAUCUACCGGACAAGCAACUCUCACCGGCAAACCUCUCGCGCCACCUACCCCUGCAUUAGUCGAACUACCAACCUGUCCCGUCUGCCUAGAGCGAAUGGAUGAAACCACCGGGCUCCUGACAAUAAACUGCCAACACGUCUUCCACUGUACCUGUCUCCAAAGAUGGAAAGGCAGCGGCUGUCCCGUAUGCAGAUACACACAAGACGACUACCGCAAAAGUAACGCGGGCUUGAAACAGGACGAGGAACCCCAAGAAUGCAGUGUCUGCCACUCAGAAGAAAACCUCUGGGCCUGUCUAAUUUGCGGCACGAUCGGCUGCGGCCGCUACGACAACGCCCACGCCUUCGCCCACUGGAAAGAAACAGCCCACGCCUUCUCCAUGGACCUUACCACCCAGCGUGUAUGGGACUACGUAGGCGAUGCUUAUGUUCACCGCAUCAUCCAAAACAAAACAGACGGAAAGCUUCUCGAACUACCCGCUGCAGACCACAGUGCCCUCGAUCCACCAGACUGGGGUGACGCUGUCCCUCGCGAGAAACUAGAAAACAUGAGUAUCGAAUACACACACCUCCUCACCAGCCAGCUUGAAAGCCAGCGCGCGUACUUCGAAGAAGUCGUUGAGCGCGCAGUCGACAAAGCCUCACAGGCUAGUGCCGCCGCCGCCGAGGCGGAAAUUAAUGCUUCCAGCGCCUCAGCGCGUUUGGAAGAAUUACAAGCCAAGUAUGAUGCUGUGACGAUUGAGACGUUGCCGUCGCUUGAACACGACCGCGCGCGUGCGGAGAAAAGAGCAGAGAAAUUCGAGGCACUAGCGCGCUCGUUUGAGAAGGGCUUUCAGGAGGAGAAGGCUAUGAAUCACAAUAUGCUGUUACGGUUAGAGGGUCUUGCUAAAGAGGUUGAAGGGCUUAAGGCUUCGAAUGCGGACCUGGCAGAGCAGAAUCGCGAUUUGACAUUCUUUAUUAGCGGGACGCAAAGGUUGCAGGGACAGGGUGAGGAGGUUGAACAGGGGACUGUUUCUGUUCCUGAGCCGCCGGCUGCUUCGAAGAAGAAGAGGAAGGGAAAGGGAAAGAAAUAG